AUGUACGAAUCGACACACUUACUAUCGCUCCCCUUCGAGCUAAGGGACAUGAUAUGGACAUUCUGUUCUAUUACUGCCGAGUCAAACGGAUUGCUAAGGUGCUGUCACCAGACAAGGGACGAGUUUACCCCCUACUGCAUACUCACCGAAGACGUUGAAAGGCUCCAAACCCUCCGGAUCUGGCUGGACUCUACAUAUAACGAUGGAGUCUGGCUCAAGUUCGACUACACUUGGGAAAAGGAAGGGUAUUAUCAUCGCGCUGUUAGCCAAGUCGGCGACAUGAGCGAUCCCAUCAUUCAGAUGUUCCUCAAGAUCCGACAGGUCAACCAGAUCAUCCUGAAUCUUCAUGCCCCGAGGCGCGGAUACUUUGUAGGCGCGCUUUUUAUGAUGCUAGCCAAGGCAAACGACGUCUAUUGCUUCAUGUCCAACAUGAUGCGGGACAUCAUUGUGGACCAACCAGAUCCAGAGUUGGGACACGUCGAGAUCAACUUCUUGACGGAAUCAAGGCAACCUGAUCAAACAGAAAACGAGGCAAAGAACUUCUGGGAGUGUCGUUCACCGAAGGCCCUUCAAGAGCCAAUAAGGAAGUAUUGGUGUGGUGCUGGACCGAUGCCCUGCUUCUACGAAUAUUUCCUUAUUAGUCACCCGUGGGAAUUCCCACGCCCGCCCACCAUCAAUUAUAUGGCGUGGCCACGGAAGCAUGUUCAUAGGCAUCGUCCACUCACUACAGAGAUGGUACAGUACAUCAAAAAGUGCUGCUUCAAGUUACGCCACAGGAAUCAACACAAUAAGGAAUCAUGGCAACGGGCGGUGUCUAGAUUCCAUUCCGAUCACUGUGACCUCCAACGGCAAAUCGCCGUGUGGUCGACCGAGUCCAUGACUAGAGCACGCUGGACCGGGAAGCGCACUAUUUUGGGCGAAAAUCGUCAGAUCAUAGAGGGUCAUUGGGAGCAUAUCUACUACGAUAGGGAGAAUCUCAUGUUCCGGUUCCAAUUCUGGUUGGAUAAUCUCCCUGGACCUGCUGGUGGGCACAUGGAUAUGUUGCGGCUCCAUCGAUUCAAGACCAUGAAUAAGUGCGGUGCCGGUAUCUUCGCAAGACAGACCCUGAACUACCCCAAGUCGGGAGGUCCUUACGGAGCAUCUACUGAGAUCAACAGGCGUCUCGCUGCGCUGUUCGAUCCUUUCUCAGCGGCUCAUAUAAUCGAAAUGCGCAACAGUUGCCCUCAUCUUCGAUCAGUGGAAUGGGCGACUGCUCCUGUAUCCGAGCAUACAAAGGACAAGCCUAACGAGGCCUGGCUCACAUUCUAUCCCAAGGGUAUUCGUUAUCAUUGGGACAGACGAAACCUCGUCGAGUGGAGACUCCAUUGGAAAACACGAAACUACAGUCGGCUGGAGAAGGAUUACAAGGGUCGUAGUUGUUGCAACAAUGUACUUUUGCACCAAUGGUGGGAGUGCGUGGCUUAUCAAGACUCGGGGGCCGUCCUCAAUGAGCUUGCGCUUCCCAGUGAGCGUGAAGGCCUACAGUGGGCAAUCAAGUCCUUUCCAAGCCAUCCCACGGACAGCGAGCGCCUAGUUCUUAUCCGACGAGACCGGGAUGAGUAUGUUUUGCGCGUGGUCAGAAAGGGUUGCGGGUAUAUGGCCAGCGAUUAUUGUGUUAUGGCUUGGCGGUGUUUGGCUUGGGCCGACUAUGCAGGAGAGAAUCCAUUCUUUCAUAACAAUAGGGGCUUUCUAGAAUUUUCGGGCGAGGUGUACAGCCCUCACGGGCAUGUAAUGUAUAUUCCGACUAUGUAA